CUGAUCAAAGCAUCACCACCACCAAAUAUCAAACGCAAAAACCUAUUAUCAAAAGAACUAGGGAGAAAUGACUAAUCCCAUGAUCAUGGUUAUGCUGUUGUUGUUUCUUGUGAUGUCGACUAGAGCAGACGAAGAGCUGAUUAAGACAGAGUGUAAUCACACAGAAUACCAAAACGUAUGCCUCUUCUGUCUUGAAGCCGAUCCAAUCUCCUUCAAUAUCGACCGUGCUGGACUUGUCAACAUCAUUAUACACUGUCUCGGAUCUCAACUUGAUGUUCUUAUCAACACCGUCACGAGUCUAAAGUUGAUGAAAGGAGAGGGUGAAGCAAAUGAGAAUGUUCUGAAAGAUUGCGUCACAGGCUUUGCGAUUGCACAAUUACGACUUCAAGGAGCCAACAUCGAUUUGAUAACCCUUAAUUACGAUAAAGCGUACGAAUUGGUGAAAACUGCGUUAAACUAUCCUCGGACUUGCGAAGAAAAUCUCCAAAAACUCAAGUUCAAAGAUUCAUCUGAUGUUUAUGACGAUAUCUUGGCAUAUAGCCAACUCACCUCUGUUGCUAAGACGUUGAUCCACCGUCUCUAGAUCAAUAUAUAUGUCGAUCUGGUUAUCAAAAAUAUAUUUAUGUCGAUCGUUUGCUACCACUAAUAAAAUAAAACUCCAUUAUGUAUGUCACGCGUGAUUUAAUUUCACUCAUCAACAAAUAAAAUAAAAUAAAAUAAAAUGUUUAGAAAGUUUAUUUAUUUAAUUUAGUAAAAAGAAUCUGGAG